AUGGCUCAACAAGUUGCAACCUAUCCUCGCGAUAUCCCAACUCUUCUUGACAAACAUCCUGGUAUUCCGAUACAUUUCGUUCAUACACUUCACCUCGAUGAACCUAUUGCCGCUGGAACUCCGGUCGACAGCAACAAUGCUCGGGUUGCUGAAGCAGCUGCACAAUCUCUAACAGCACUUCAAUAUGACCCAGUUAUUACAGAAGACAUAGUGGAGACUGCUGUCAAUCGGUCCAAAAUCAUACGGUCCAUGCAUGCGGAGAUCCAAUUUGACCAUGGCAUUGGUGCCGUCCUCGCUUUGUUGCAGGCGAUGGAUGCUAAAGUUGACGGACUGCGCGCGCAAGUCGAGCAGACGAACACGAAAGUCGAGCAAACGAACACGAGAGUCGAGCAAACGAACACGAGAGUCGCACAAUUAACCACGAGAGUCGCGCAAUUGACCACGAGAGUCGAGCAGCUGGACGCCACGGUUAAAACUAGCAAUCAACGUAUGGACAAGUUGGAAGCCGCAGCUGAUAAUACCAACAUAACUCGCCGAAACAAGAUGCUUCGACGUGCGGCUGAGCCUUUCCUUUGGCGCAAGAAGCAGAUAUCUGGUUCAGGCAGCGCGCAUUUUGAGAGGAUCAACGGUGGACGGGAGGGAGUGGUCGAUCGUGACAUACAGGAACUUGGAGGGGCUGCUCUAGGUGGCACGUUUACCAACCCUCCUAGUCCUUACAGGGCUACGCAACGUGAGUUAUACCGCCUGAUGAUAUUCUACAAUGAAGACUUCGGGAUUGUCGCGGAGGACGCACUCGACGUUCGCCGCGACAAGCUUCUUCUGUGGCUCUCAGACAACUGA